AAUAAGCGGGGGCGGGGCCGGGAGUCUUACGCCCUCCCGCUCGCUCGCACUCUGGCGCCUAGCGCCCCACGCACACGCCGGGCUCAGCGCGUGUCCCCGCCCGCUCGCCCGCUCCCGCGCCGCCCCUGACAGCCCCGGGCCUGCCCGCGAAGCAGAAUGUCCUUUCAGGGCAAGAAGAGCAUCCCCCGGAUCACGAGUGACCGGCUUCUGAUCAAAGGUGGGAAGAUCGUGAAUGAUGACCAGUCCUUUUAUGCUGAUUUGUAUGUGGAAGAUGGUUUGAUUAAACAGAUCGGAGAAAACCUCAUCGUCCCUGGGGGUAUCAAAACCAUUGAUGCUCAUGGCCUGAUGGUCCUGCCUGGAGGGGUUGAUGUCCACACAAGGCUACAGAUACCUGUCCUGGGCAUGACCCCAGCUGAUGACUUCUGUCAGGGAACAAAGGCUGCCUUGGCAGGAGGGACCACCAUGAUAUUGGACCACGUGUUCCCCGACACGGGUGUGAGCCUGUUGGCAGCCUAUGAGCAGUGGCGGGAGAAAGCAGACAGCAUGGCCUGUUGUGACUAUUCCCUGCACGUGGACAUCCCCCGCUGGCAUGAGAGCAUCAAGGAGGAGCUGGAGGCCCUGGUCAAGGACAAGGGUGUGAAUUCCUUCCUAGUCUUCAUGGCAUACAAGGACAGGUGCCAGUGUACUGAUGGCCAGAUGUAUGAGAUCUUCAGUAUCAUCCGUGACCUGGGAGCCUUGGCCCAGGUGCACGCAGAGAAUGGGGACAUCGUGGAGGAGGAGCAGAAGCGGCUGCUGGAGCGAGGCAUUACUGGCCCUGAGGGCCAUGUGCUCAGCCACCCUGAGGAGGUAGAGGCUGAGGCUGUGUACCGCGCUGUCACCAUCGCCAAGCAGGCCAACUGCCCGCUGUACGUCACCAAGGUGAUGAGCAAGGGUGCAGCUGACGUGGUUGCCCAAGCCAAGCGCAGGGGAGUGGUCGUGUUUGGGGAGCCCAUCACUGCCAGCCUGGGUGCUGACGGCUCACACUACUGGAGCAAGAACUGGGCAAAGGCUGCAGCCUUUGUCACCUCGCCCCCCAUCAACCCGGACCCCACCACUGCAGACCACCUUACCUCCCUGCUGUCCAGUGGGGACCUCCAGGUGACAGGCAGCGCCCACUGUACCUUCACUACUGCCCAGAAGGCGGUUGGUAAAGACAACUUCACACUGAUCCCCGAGGGCACCAAUGGUGUUGAGGAGCGCAUGUCUGUGGUCUGGGAGAAGUGCGUGGCCUCCGGGAAAAUGGACGAGAAUGAAUUUGUUGCGGUGACCAGUACAAAUGCUGCCAAAAUCUUCAAUUUUUACCCAAGGAAGGGGCGAGUAGCUGUGGGCUCCGAUGCUGACCUGGUUAUCUGGAAUCCCAGGGCCACAAAGAUCAUCUCUGCCAAGACCCACAAUGUGAAUGUGGAGUACAACAUUUUUGAAGGAGUCGAGUGCCGAGGAGCCCCUACGGUGGUCAUCAGCCAAGGCAGAGUCGUGCUGGAGGAUGGGAAUCUGUCUGCUGUCCCCGGGUCUGGCCGCUUCAUUCCUCGGAAGACAUUCCCAGAUUUUGUCUACAAGAGGAUAAAGGCCCGCAACAGACUGGCAGAGAUCCAUGGCGUGCCCCGAGGCCUCUAUGAUGGGCCGGUCCAUGAGGUAAUGGUACCUGCCAAGCCGGGGAGCGGCACCCAGGCCCGUGCGUCCUGCCCAGGCAAGAUCUCAGUGCCACCUGUGCGCAACCUGCACCAGUCGGGGUUCAGCCUAUCUGGGUCUCAGGCAGAUGAUCACAUCGCCAGACGAACUGCUCAGAAGAUCAUGGCGCCCCCUGGUGGACGUUCAAACAUCACCUCUCUUUCCUAGACUUCCAGGACUUGGGGUCCAGCACAAUGGUGCUGACCCUUACCUGGCGGGUGGUGUGAAGACCACUCACCUCAGUUAGCUCUUUCCUUUGUAGAAAUUACUUUGAAAGGUGCUCUUCCUUGCCUUUCCCUUCCCCAUAGCUCUCCUUUUGGGGUCCCAGGUCCUAUUAUGAGGAGCCCCCUCAAGAGGGCUGAAUUUGGGGAGAUUUCACUGCCAGGGUGAGGAGGCUAGACAGGUCAGGUGGUCCCCAGCCUGGGUGCUAGGUGCCCCAAUGCCUAGUCAGCUCCAGCGUGAAGGCAGGGGCCCUCCAUUAAGGUGUGGGAACCCCUGGGAGCUUGAUCAUGGGAGUAGCUGGCUGGGGCUUUGAACUUGUGAACCCACAAGGGGCUGGGUCCAGGCUCGUGUGCUGCCUCCUCCCCAUUAGGAAUCACUGCCUAAGCACACCUGCCUGCCCUGUGGCACAGAGGCACAGCUGCCCCUCAGGGGCCUGUUACCUCAUCCCCCUGCCAUGGGGAAGAGAGUGGGCAAGUGGAGCUUCCAGCCUCAUAGAGCUGCUGUGACUUCAGGGAUCCACCAGGAACUUAGCGUAGGUCAGCUCCCUUCUGAGCAGGGACUCGUGUACACACUUCCAGGGACCAAACCCGAGCUUCCAUGGGAGCCCAUCUCCAGGGAAGUUUCGAGAUCCUUUAGCCAAGAUGCUCUCCUUUUACUAUAAAAUAUGUAUUUCCAUAGGUUUAUUAGCAUAGCAGUUUUGUACAGUGAGGAAACUGUAGCCAGCCAACAACCUAUGCAUGCUGCCACCCCAGACGGUGGGCACUGUCUCAGCCCAGCGUGAGUCAGGUGAAUUAAAGAUGUCUGGGUUAGGAGCCCA